AUGUCUGAGGCAGAAAAUCCCUGUCCAACCUACGAAGCCCUCCGGGCCAGCCCGAUCACGGUGGUCGCCGCACCCAACAGCGUCGAGCUGCUCUUCAUGACGUUGCAGGGCACCGUGCAGAGCGCCAUCGAGGUGCUUUCCGACCCAAGGGACUCAGACACGCGGACACCCUACUGCGACCAGGCAACCGGGACGUACCACCCUGUCAGCGCGCCUAGGACUAGCUACACUGGCUGA